ACCAGCUCUUUCUCACCUUUCUCCUAAAUGGAAGAUAUGAGAGAUUCAAUUGCAGUACUACAGAUUGUGAGGAUGGUUAUCAAGUUUCAUCCAUUAUUGACAAUAACCAGUAUUGUCUAUCGGGUAAUACUUUUGCAAGAUUGGAUUGAAGAUGAGAUGAGCAAUCAAUUGAAAGCUCUCAAGGUGUAUUUCCAAUCAAAAAUGAGAUCUCUGCUGGAUCCUAUUAUUGAGAAGAUGAAAAAUCUAUCAGAAGCCCUUGAGAUGCAUCUCCACAACGAAGUAGCAAAGGAUCAACUAAAGGCCAAACUAGUCGUCUCUACAAGUCCUAUCAUAAUUCCAAAGAUAGCUCAAUGCCCUCUACAACUACCAAAGGAAUCAAUGGUUUGAUUUUGAUGGUUGUAAAUAUUGCACAUGGCAUGUUCUGGUUUACUCUUUUCACAUCUCCCAUGGCCAAUUAUAAAGAUUGGUUAUUUGCAGUAAUCAGUUAUGUCAUUUUUUGUUUUUGGUUACAAUGCUCUUUUCCCAAAGAUAUGCUUCCGCCCUCUACAAAUACCAGAGGAAUUAAAGAUAAGAUUGGUGC